AUGGAGAGGUCGGUGGUGACGGCCAAAAAGCUCGGUGCGUGUAUCCGAGAUCGGACCUCAUCCGGCUCUCCGUGGUCCAGUCUUGGAUACGUUGAAGCCCAAAUUUCUCCAAGCUUUUGGAAAGCAACCCUUGCAACUGACAAAGGAUUACCAGCAUACUCCUGGGACCAUAGGAAGAGAUACUGGGAGAGUCUCUCGCGUGUCCCGAAGAUACCGUCUUGGUGGUACGCAAUUACCCCUAUUGGGCCGGCGAUCUACCAGCGAAUUAACAAACGGGAUGUGUUGGAGGAAUAUUCUGCGCGGAGAGGGAGAAUUUGGGCCCAGGACACAAGCACGAAGGCCAAGGUUUGGCUACAGCUGCCUUUUACUUUUUCUUCUCUGGUAGCGGCUGCUUGGCUCUGCGGCUGCAAGCCAAUCCGCCUUGCGUUACUCGAGAUCCAAUAA